AUGUUUUCCGUAUCGUUCGUGCGAUCUCUAAAUGCAAAAGCAUGUUUAAGGCGUGUUGGAAAUUUGCAACAACAACGAUGGAACUCGACUGAAGUGCCAUACACAGCCAUUCAUAAGCCGGUCAUGCUUCAACAAGUAUUAGACCACAUGGCGCCACGUUCGGGUGGAAUAUAUUGCGAUCUAACGUUCGGUGAUGGAGGAUAUACCAAAGCAUUACUUGACAGCUGCGAUUGUAAAGUAUACGCCAUUGAUCAGGAUCCUACUGCUUAUGAAAAGGCGCUGCAACUGGCUGACUUGGACGCAUACAGAGGCCGGCUUUUUCCAUUACUUGGUCGCUUUGGGCAAGUCACCAAGUUAGUAUGCGAUCUUAACGUGCCUAAAUUCGAUGGCAUGGUGAUGGAUAUCGGGGUGUCGAGCGGACAGUUAGAAACAGCAUCAAGAGGAUUCUCAUAUAAACUGGACGGACCUUUGGACAUGCGAAUGUUCUCACGUGGACAGGGCAUGGAGCCAAAGAAGCAAGAAGAAACCGCGCUUCUUGCUAGAUCGAUUUCUGCAUAUGAAGUUGUAAACUUUUACUCUCGGGAACAAUUAGCCGAUAUUAUCUAUCAGUAUGGAGGUGAUCGCCUGUCGAGAAAGAUUGCAACAGCAAUUGUGACAGCCCGACAAAAGGAACCAUUUCAGACAACAUCUGAACUUGCUGCUGUCAUCCAAAAAGCAUGUCCGCAACCACGAUGGCAACGUGGUGAUGAUGAUAUGGUUCGCAAUUCAGCGGCACGGACAUUCCAGGCCAUCCGUAUAUAUGUCAACGAUGAGGUAAUUUGA